AUGACCCAACGAGACGUACCAGACCCGGUAAGACGGGAUGACCCGAUAGUAUCCCCUUCCCCUGUGGAACAGUUACUGGCCAAGAGACUGGUCGACGUUGAGGCAGUAAUAAGGCGUAUCCCAGGAAUGCCAAUCCCAACCAAGAAGAGCAGACCGAAUUGUUACGCCGAUUCACCCUUUGCGGAUGAGAUCGCCCUGGCUGACAUGCCCCAGAAAUUCACUAUCCCCAACAUGAAACCAUAUGACGGUACCACUGACCCGGACGACCACAUAGCCUCAUACAAGCAGCGGAUGUUCAUUGUUUCCAUACCCCGACCGCUUAGAGAAGCCUACAUGUGCAAAAGUUUCGGGUCUAGUUUGUCCGGCCCGACGCUCCAAUGGUACACGAACCUCCCAAACGGAUCCAUCGAUUCAUUCGCUCAGCUUACUGACACCUUUGUGGAACAGUUCGCCAGCAGGAAGAAGCUAGAGAAGUUGUCGGCCAACUUGUACCGAGUAUACCAACGAAGGGGGGAACCAUUAAGAGAGUAUGUUAGCAGAUUCAACAAAGAGAAGAUCUCUAUUCCCUCUUGUAACCCCGAGACUGCUGUGGAAGCCUUCAGAAAAGGCCUCCUCCCAGAUGGAGAACUAUACAAAGAGCUUACAAAGCUAGGCUGCACCACCAUGGAAGACGCUCUGGCCCGAGCCGUUAUCCAGAUAAGGUGGGAGGAAGAUGAGAUGAACCGAGCCGCCCAUUCCAGAUACGAACCAAGGCAGAACGACAGGAAGCUAGAGCCUAGACUGGUAGAACACCGUUACCAACCCCCCGCACGGAAUAUGGGCAGAGCCAGGAGACCAUAUGAUCGCCAACCCUUGAGAAGCGAUAACAGGCAUUUCGGAUCGAACCAGUUCAAAAUACCAUAA